GCUUGAUUUUCUCGCCCGCACUUGUCGCUCAGGAAUUUUUCUUGUUGUUUUUUUUUUUUUUUUUUUUUUUUACUCACAACGAACUCUCACCGUCGUUUUUCUUCAUUAUUUUACACCUUUUUCGAGCUUUCGUAAUACGCGACGUUGUUGAACAGUGAGGUUCGAGUUGAAGGAAAGAUAAAAUAUACAAAUUUAAUGGAAAUAUAUUGUUCCAGUGGAUAUUGCGAGCAUGCUUCGCAACCGUGAAUUUUAUCCAAGUGCGACGAUCGCGACGAUGAUUAUCGUGAAUUUUAUACCGCACGACGAGCAGAGGAAUUGAACAGUGAAUUUAGUGCCGAUUUUGCGUAAUCGAGUGAAUUAGUAUUGUUCAAGAUAACUAAAUAUUACAGUUUCGUUAUUAAGGAAAUUGGUGUGAAACGACUCUUGUUUGAAAUCAUGAUAAUCGUGCGAUAAAUCCUGGAUCGAUUCGCACGUAGUACGGCAUAAACAAUAAUAUUUUGUGUCCUUAAAGUGAGAGGAGAAAUAUGUACGACCAUUAGUACGUGUGUAUCCCAGUUCCAUCGUUAUCUUAUGUUCGUGUCACAUGAAACGGUGCUUACGCUCGUCUCUGUUGUGGGUGAAAAAUAGUGAAUCCAGUGUGAUUUGAAGAAAUUGUUUAAAUCGAAGUGAAAAAGUAAGGGGAAAGCAACACCACGAUGCUGACUUCGAGUGCGAAUCAGUAUCUCCGUCCGGAAUAUCUUACCCCUCUGCCAACAACGCUCGACGCGAAGAAGAGCCCCUUAGCGUUGCUGGCGCAAACAUGUAGCCAAAUAGGCGCAGACCCACCAUCAAGUAAGUCUUUACUGGCUCCGCUGGAUAAACCCGCAUCAUUGAAAGCGCCAAAAUCAGAGCAUCACCAACAGCAGCGGGAAAAGUCAUCGCCAAGCACGACUUCCGCCCCCGAACCGACUUCGGUGCGGUCGAGCUUCAAGCCGUACGAGUCGUGCCUGGGUCGAGAAAAGGCUUCGAGUCCAGAAGAGCAGCAGCGAGCCCCGUCGAGUCAUUCGUCGUCGGGUCGAGCGAGAACGCCGGGAAGUGGGGGAAAGCGGUGCUCAAGCAACCAGAGCGCCUCGUCUGCGCGCGCAGCCACGCCGCAGGGCCGAAAGACGGCGACACCUGGCGGUGAGGCAGCGCGCUCGUCGCCAUUGGGUCGUUCGGGCGCCGCCGAUCGUGAGGCCCAAGCGGCGGCGAGCAGCCCUGCGCCCUCGGGAAAGCCGGCGUACAGUCCGGCCGGCGUGCUGGCUUUGACGGACCCUGCGCUGAAAGACCUGCCGCUCGGAACGUUCAAGACGGGAGCCGGGCCGCCGUCGACGUCAGCGGCAUACAUGGGCUACCCGGGACAGCUGCCUAUCGACGUGAUGGCUAGUUCGCUGAUGUCGCAGCACCACGCGGCGCUGAAGAGUAGCCUUGGAAAUCCUUACCUUGGAUACGCGCGAAUGAAGACCGCAUCGGGGGCCGACGCUCUGGUCCCGGUUUGCCGGGACCCUUACUGCACGGGCUGCCAGCUGAACUCCCAGCUAUUAGCGACCUCCGUGGCGAGUAAAAUACCAACCACCUCCGCCGGCUGUCCCGCCGGAUGUGCCCAGUGCGACCACAAGUCGGGCCCCGCCUCGCCUUACGGGCCGCUCGGGACUCACGGGCCCGUUGCCGCGGCCUACGCGCACGCGCAGCUAGCCGCCCUUGCCGCCGCCUCCCAGCUACCUUACGUCUGCAACUGGGUAGCCGGGGACGGCGCCUACUGUGGCAAGCGGUUCUCAUCCUCCGACGAACUCCUCCAGCACCUCCGAAACCACACCAACGUCUCCGGCGACCCUGCAGCCGCCCUUUCCCUCCUCUCGCCGCCGGGUCUCCCCCCUUCCCACCCCCUUCUAUCGAGGACCUACCCGACCCCGCCCCUCAGCCCCCUCGCCACGGCACGCUACCACCCUUACGGUAAACCCUCCCCCCUCAUGCCCCCCUCACUUUCAUCCCUCGGGAUUCCCAUGCCGCCUCACCCCCACCACCCUGGGCUUCCGCCUUAUUUUUCACCGUAUUCGCUCUACGCUGGACCCAGACUCGGAGCCGCUUCCGGAAUGCAUCCCUGAGAUUGAACGGAUUGAGAGGUGGGAGAUUUUUUCGGCCUGGAUAAUGGGAGAUUGAUAUCCUCAUAACUUAGAUGUUUUACUAUAUAUAUUUAUAUAUACGCAUACCCGUUCGACUGUGAUUCAAGCGAGUAAUGGUGCCGCCCCUCACCUCAAAUUUACACCACGAAAAGUAUCGCGUUAUCGAAGCCGUAGGAGGUUACGGUGGGACGGGCAGGAGAAAAGCUUUGAUUGGUUCGAUCAUUCGGAAUUAUAGAAUUUUUGCUACGUCGAAACAAAGUGUUACAAAAAUUAAAUUAAAAAAUAAAAAAACACCGGUCCGUUAUGAUCGAUUCACGUAAAAAUUGUGCGUGUGGUGGCGCUGACUGUCACCGCAUGAUUCGGAGUCAUAGGCAUCGAGCACGAACUACGAACUUGGGUCGAAAAUCGUUCAGCCUGUAAAUAUCUGUUUUUUUUUCUAACCAGAAACUUAACUUUAAUAUUAAACACCCCUGGCAUGAAAUUAUUUUUUUCAAAAUGGAUGGAAAAAAAAAGAUUGUUUAGUGUUGUUCUUUCCGUUGUUCAUUAUAUCGAUUAAUUAUUGCUCUUAACUUGUUUGAAUAAGAAUCUACUUGUGAAACGAUCCUCGAGGUUUUUUUAUCCCCUCGCAGCUAUAAACUCUUAUGAAAAACUUAUAAACACUGGCGCAAUGCAUUGCAUUGUUCUUAAAUAAUAAUUGUCGUAUUUACUGAAAUCGCUGGUUGUACACAACUACAAUCUACAUUAACAUGGGCAGUCAUGGGUUCAAUUGACGGUGAUACAUUCCUGAGCCAUCGACCAGCGACCAAUCAAAUGCUCAGAAAGAGACAGGCAUUGGCCGAAUGUGUCUCCUUCUCUCUAACUUUUAGCGUUACCACUGGCAGUGUAGGGAAUGCGCAGUCCGUGCUCUCUGUCUAUGCUCGGAGCCGGCAUUUUCACGAAAAAUUCCCGAUAUAUUUGUGAAGAGUUGAUCGAUAAUUCUGCGAUGCUCAACUAGACCUGAGAAUGAUGCAAGCGCACGCUUUUUAUUAUUAAAAUACAAAAUGAUAUUGCAAACAUUCGGUAUCAAGUUUAUCAACACCUUGUAUUGAGUUUGAAAUUUGUCAAAAUCUAAAU